AUGCGGCCGGCGCGCACCGCGGGGGGACUCGGGUCACUCGCGCGACUCGCCCGGAGGGUCUGGACGGGCGCGGGGGGUCCGACCCCACUCGCGGGGCGCGACCGCGUCGGCAGACACGACGAGCGCCCGCCGCCCGCGCCAAUCUGCGAGACGUGCCACCGCCGAUUCUGCCGGUGCGUGCACAAGCCUCCCACCGAACCGGCGGCGCCCGGCGCGGAGGACUGCUGCCAGAGCUCGCCGCAGUGCAAGUUCUGCGUGUGGCUGGUGUACGAGGAGAACGUCGCGGAGUAUCAGGCGUACCUCGCGACCAAGAACGACGGGCGUUGA